CGAGCGCCGCGCAUGCGCCGGGGCCGGGCGGGCCGGGGGCGCGCGUUCUACGAGCUGGAUGUCCGGGCUCAGGGCACUGCUGGGGCUGGGACUGCUAGUUGCCGGCUCUCGUCUGCCGCGAAUUGGCAGCAAGGCGGGCGCCUGCCGCUUAGGACGCACCUGGUGGGGACCGCAGCGACUGAACUCGGGUGGCCGCUGCUACUCAGAGGUCAUGGCGAGCACAGCGGUGAAGUACCUGAGCCAGGAGGAGGCCCAGGCCGUGGACGAGGAGCUAUUUAACGAGUACGAGUUCAGCGUGGACCAACUUAUGGAGCUGGCCGGGCUGAGCUGUGCCACAGCCGUUGCCAAGGCAUAUCCCCCCACGUCCAUGUCCAGGAGCCCUCCUACUGUCCUGGUCAUCUGUGGCCCAGGGAAUAACGGAGGAGAUGGCUUGGUCUGCGCGCGACACCUCAAACUCUUUGGCUACCAGCCAACCAUCUACUACCCCAAAAGGCCUAACAAGCCACUCUUCACUGCAUUAGUGACCCAGUGUCAGAAAAUGGACAUCCCUUUCCUUGAUGAAAUGCCUCCAGAGCCCAUGAUUGACGAGUUGUAUGAUCUGGUGGUGGAUGCCAUCUUCGGCUUCAGCUUCAAAGGCGAUGUUCGGGAGCCAUUCCACAGCAUCCUGAGUGUCAUGAAGGGACUCACUGUGCCCAUUGCCAGCAUUGACAUCCCCUCAGGAUGGGAUGUGGAGAAGGGAAACUCUGGAGGGAUCCAGCCGGACUUGCUCAUCUCCCUGACGGCACCCAAAAAGUCUGCAACCCAGUUUACUGGUCGCUACCAUUACUUGGGUGGCCGUUUUGUGCCACCUGCUCUGGAAAAGAAGUACCAGCUGAACCUGCCACUCUACCCUGACACUGAGUGUGUCUAUCGUCUGCAGUGAGGGAAGGCUUGGAGCAGCAUCUCAUCCGUCAGACUGUUACGGGGAGAUCAGGAGUUACAAACAAACCUGAUGGAAAGGCUUGACCUCUCCUCCCUCUAAAACAGCCCUUCAACACUCGAGUUCUUGUUCAGGACCUGGCACUUUUUGAGGUGUGAGGGAUUAGUAAAACUCUGUUCUACCCUCAUAAGAAGCCCACAGUCAAGCAUUAGACUUAGUCCUUUCUCUUGAGAUCUGAGGGCAUCUCCUCCCACAUCCUCCCAGCACUAAAAUGAAGUCUCACAUCUUUGGGGGGUUGGGCCUCUGGUUGUCAUCGUCACUGCAGCUCUCCAUGUCUUUGUCUGGCUUCUCUCCAUCUGAAGUCAGGGUAGCCGU